GUAUCUCUAAUCUUCGCUUAAAACUCUCAAAAAGCCCUAAAACCAAUCACAAAUUAGAUCACAAACUAUACCUUUUCAAAUUCAUUUCUUUACAUUCUUAUAGCUAAGGAUCUCGAAUAGAUUUAGAUCUAUGGCUCAGAUUAACUUGAGGGUCUGCGAGAGCUACAUGACUGGCGUAAACUAUCUCCUCGACCACUGUUCCGAAAACAAGAGAAUCUCUGUCUCAGCAAGGACAAGAGAAAUGUACGGAACAAGUUUCAGAAGCUUCAUUGAGGAUGUUAGACAUCUGUAACGUAUCCAAAGAUGUGAUGACGCUCGGGAAACACAGCUUGCAAGAUCUACAACUGACUCUACGUGGCAGCGAAUCAUCUGAUGUCAACGAGAAGAUAGCUGCGUAUAAUCGGUAUAAGAACAAGCUCAAGAAGGAGACACUGAAAUGCUUAAAACUGUUUGAAGAACAUGAAAGGAAGCGAAGGAAGAGUGGCCAUGCCAAUAGAACAGAACCUUCUGUUUGUAGCAGAGAGAAGAGAUCGAGCAAAGGGUCUUUGUCUUCGAUCUUUACCAUUCGGUCUUCCUAUUUGUUAGAUGAUGUAUGGGACGAGACCGCGGUGGCAAAGUGCGACUACGAGGUUGGAGGCAGCGGAGAUUGCUGUAGAGGAGCUUGAGAUAGAGUUGGAGUCUAUUUUUUCGGCGAUUGAUUCAGACGAGAGUUUCACUUCUUAAUAUUCUCACCAACUAGAUAAUAUAUGGUAGUCCGGUUA